AUGCCCGACGUGGACGUCCCCUUUGUCGAGAUUCUUCGCACUGCCAAAGUACUAGAUGAAAGUCUUCGAGCUACACUCGAUUCCUUAGUUCGCAUACAGAGACCACCUGAAUUCAUAUUGGAUGAUUGCUCACGUAUUAUUGGCCGCCUCGUAAUGAACAUUGACUCGCACCGCCUGGGCAAGAAUCCCGCUUAUACAGGACCCGUGAUGACGAAAUUGAUGGAUGAGGUCACCGAGCUUGCAGAGGCAGUCUUCAACUUCGACGUCAACGACUUUAAGUCUCGUUGUGGCCUUCACCGUAUCGUCGCCGUCGGUAUAUUAAUUCGCCUACGCGUGUCUUUCCUACCAUUCCUUGGCUUUGAUGAACUGCCUCAAUUUGACUUCCAAGGCUGGCAAUAUCCUCUCUUUUCACCGAGGUGGCGUUCGGAACACGUCGAUUCCAUUCCCGAAGGCUUCUUUUCAAGGAUUGAGUCCAUGUCGGAUCAAACACAGAGUUGA